AAGAUUUGGGAUUACAAAGGAAUGCAAAGGAAUAACAAGAGCUGCCUUAGUGAACUUUAGUCAGAAUAGGGUGACAAGUUUGAAAAAUGGAAGCAAAAACAUAAUAAAAGCUCGCUGGUUAAGUAAGCCGAGUUGAUUUUCAUAUGAGUAGAUGUACUGCAUCUUCUUCUUGUAGCUGCACUGAACGUGGAAAAGCCUUUGAAAAGACCUCCCAUCUGCUGCAGAAGCUUGUGUAGCACAGCUUUGUUGAGCUGCUCAGAAUUGUAAAGCCAGCUGAAGAGACCAAUCACUUAAAAGUAAUGAAACACACAACACCAACUGUUGUGGUAGGAAAAGAGGGAGACCUAGACCUUAACGUUUAGAAGCACUGGGAAGGAUACACUACAAAAAACAUUUCUGGCAUGUGUCUGCUUCACAUUUGAGUGGUUAUGGUAUGUUUUUCUUACUCCUGCAGUGGAAAUAACUGGGGGCCAAAUAUAGGCAAACUGGGCAUCCAGACUUCUCACUUGAAUAAUGCAGAGUUUAUCUGCCUCUUUGCUUCAUUAUGAACUCCAAGAAACUGAAGUUUUUCUUCUUGUAUUUACCCAUUGAACUGGUUUGUAAAUAAAUGAGUUUCACAAAAAUCGGUGUUUCUUCAUCAAUUUUGUAGUUGGGAACAAGGAGGAAAUGACUGAAGUGACAUACCCAGAACAACCAGCAAGUCAGGGUUUCAGUGAGGUUUGUGGGACUCUAAGCUACAUCUCUGUCCUGUAUAAGGAUGCCACAGAACUCUGGAUUUAGCCUAGAGAACAGGACCUUGGAAAAAUCUCGGAAGAUAACUUUGUGCAAGAAUAAUCCAUAGGGAUACACUUCUCAGAAUUAUUUUCAAGUUCUUACAGAAAAAUCCUUCUGUCACCAGAAUGACUUUUUGUUCCAAGUUUCUUUUGCCCAUCUCAGUGCCUCUAAUUGCAAUUGAGUGACGCUUAGAAGAAGACACACGGUGGGUCUCUACGGUGAUGUAUCUCUCGUUAUUCUGCUUCCUGAAUUCCAAUGUGUAACAGUGUUAUCAGUAGUACAUAACAUAAUUGCUUACGUGUAAAUCUACUGAUAGGCAGAGAGGGAAACAGAUGAAAAACCAGUUCCAACCCUUAAAGAGCAGAAACCACCCUAUUUACUGAAGUCUUUCAAUAGGAGGAGUCAUGAAUUGCAGAAGCUUGUAUACAGCUUUGCUUUCUCCUUCCUACUCUGCAUGUCGCUUACUUACUUCAUUGGUGGCAUUCAGUUAGGUUAGAAAUCUAGCAUGCUGAAAGGAAACAUGCAACUUGUCACUUGUCUGUGGAUUUUACCUAUGACUUUUUUCCGUUUCCACGUGCUGAAAUUGUGUUUCUUCAUCUGUUUGAUAUCCUGGGUGAAAUCAGAUGAUGAGAAAAAAUGUCCUGAAUUCACAGAUCUUAAUAUAGGCAAUGCUCUAUCUGGAACAGAACUCCAAGUCCAGUUACUGCUGUACACAAGGGGAAACCCAAAUUGUUCUGAGAGGCUCAUUGAACACAAUGUUGCUGCAUCUGAGUACCUUAAUACCUCCAAGAAAAUUGUCUUUGUUAUUCAUGGCUUCAGACUAACGGGAUCUCCACCAGCAUGGCUAGGUGAUAUAAAGGAGCUUUUACUGUCUUCAGAGGAUAUUAAUCUUAUUAUAGUUGAUUGGAAUCGUGGUGCUACAACUGUGAACUAUGUAUCUGCUGUUGACAACUGCAGAAAAGUUGCAGAAAUACUGAAGAACUAUGUUGACCAGAUGCUGGUGGAUGGAGCUUCUCUUUACUCUAUGUAUAUGAUUGGAGUUAGUCUUGGGGCUCAUAUAGCUGGUUUUGUUGGCCAGAAGUAUAAUGGCAAACUUGGCAGGAUUACAGGUCUUGAUCCAGCAGGCCCUUUGUUCACUCGAGAACCGCCAGAAGGGAGACUGGAUCGAACUGAUGCACAGUUUGUUGAUGUAAUCCAUUCAGAUACUGAUGCACUAGGUUUCAAGAAACCUUUAGGAACCAUUGAUUUCUAUCCAAAUGGAGGAACGGAUCAGCCUGGUUGUCCACAAACAGUCUUCAGCGGACUUCAGUAUUUUAAGUGUGACCAUCAAAGAUCCGUCUUUCUCUUCUUAUCAUCUUUGAAAAGAAGAUGCGACAUAAUAACAUAUCCUUGUGACUCUUACUUUGAUUACAAGAGAGGAAAAUGUGUCGAUUGUGAAGCUUUCCACCCAAUGUCCUGUCCAAUACUGGGUUAUUAUGCUGAUAGAUGGAAAAAAAUGUUAAUCCCAAACAGUUCACCAACGAAAGCUUAUUUUGAUACUACGGACCAAGACCCAUUCUGCAUGUAUAACUACUUACUGGAUAUUACUACCUGGAAUAAAAACAUUAGGAGAGGUUUCAUUAAAGUUAAAUUAACUGACUAUGCUGGAAACACAGUAGAAUCAGAGAUGAAUAGUGAAGCUUCAACAUUUCAGCAAUAUAGAAGAGUCAAAAUACUAACUGGAUUUUACCAAGACCUUGACAAAAUAUCAAAAAUGUCCUUGACCUUUUCUACAAAGACUGUAAUAGGACCAAAACACAAACUUAGGGUUCUCCAGAUGAGACUGAAGUCUCUCAAUGAUCCAGAAAGGCUGCAGCUGUGCAGGUAUGAUUUUGUACUGAUGGAGAAUAAUGAACUGACCUUCAAACCUAUCCCUUGCCUAGAGAAGGCUACAUGAAGAGAGCUUCUAUUAACCUAAUUUCUCUUGCAGCAGUGACAUUUUGAUUCUUCCUCAGAAUAAGGACUGCAAUGAGAAGGGGAAUGAGAUAAGCUAGAUUUAUUUUCAGGAUCUACCUGGUAAUAUGCAUUACUUGCUUUGAGUGCCUAAGGGUGAAAUGAAUUUAAAAGUUCAUGUACCUAUAUAUUUGGGAAAUUUGAAUAAAAUAAAGGUAUGAUGGUGGAGAAUGUGCAGUGGUCUGUUUAUUAUUAUUUUUAGCAGUGAAGCUAACAUAUGAAUUAUCCAUAUCAUCCUGGCACAUUAUUUGUCAAUUCAUACUUAUAUUUAAUUAUUUAUUAUUUGUAAUGGCUUUUAUAUGGAAACAUAAUUAUCUGUCUACAAGUGAAUUUAAUAUACUGUACAUGUGAUCUACAGACCUAAUACACAACAGUUUUGUUGUGCUGUGCUGGUUGGAUAAAUGAAUUCACAAUUUCUUAUUAUAGAAUGUCUGUCUCAGAACUGGAACAACAAGAUUUGUGAGCAUAUAUGUAAUUUUUCUAUUUAAAUCAAUUAUAUGAGCUUUAUGCUUAUCGUAGAUGAGUAUCAUUGCAACCAUUCAGAUUUUUUUGUAUCAAAGCUAUGGGCAGGGCAGCAAUGUUUCAGAUAUGAAGUAAUUCUAAAAGUCUAUUCUGAAAAGAUAAACCUAAAGAUUAAAUAAAUGCAUUUUCAUUCAAUUUC